AUGUUGCCUGAGAACAGCCCUGGCAGCACGGAGGUCUUCCUCUUCCAGGUGUCCAUCUCCGCUGGAGAGACGAUGGCCGCCGGCUUCCCAAGACUGCUCAACUUCGACCCGCUCACCGAUGCCUUCGCUGUAGCCAUGGAUAACGCCACACACGCUAAGGUCAUUGUAGAUGGCUCUCCUGAGCUGGAUUUUGAGACGGCUCCUAACAGGUUUAUUUUCCAAGUCCUUGUUGUUGGCUCUGCUGGCGGUGGAGACAUCAAAACACUGACGGUACUUCUCACAGACGUGGACGAACCUCCCGUGUUCCUGGAUGAAGUAACCGAUGGUAACAACACAGCACUGAGAAUUCUGUUCGUCAACAUAAUUAAUGUCAAUGAUGACAAGCCUGUUUUCCUAAACAAAAUCACCUCCUUCACUGUGCCAGAGGAGCUUAGCCCAGGACAUGUAGUGGCCAACAUGACUGCAGUUGGGCCGAAGGACACUCCUAAUGCCGGACUGCUAUUCUACACCAUCAGCAAAAACAACUAUCUUGAAAUAAACGGCUACACAGGUUUGGUGACCGUAGCAAACCGCAUGGAUCGUGACAGUGACACUCUGCGAAAUAACCCGAAAGUGUCGGUGACCAUCACUGCUACCUACAGGUUUCCCAGACCUCCUCUCUUCAGCUCCAUCAAUGUGACAGUCACAGUAAGGGACAUUAAUGACAACCCACCCGUAUGCACCUCUGACAGACCACGGAGAGAGAUUCCAGAGACAGAACCUCGCGGAGCUUUGAUUGCCUCAGUCACAUGCACCGAUAACGAUGUGGAGCCCAAGUUCAGGGAGUACACUUUCACCAGCUUCUCCUGUGUAGGCUGCACCCAGCGAUUUGACCUGCAGGCAGAUGGGUCCAUCCUAUUGGAUGCAGAUCUUGACUUUGAAGAGCCUGCCAAUGUAAACAUUGGCCGAGAGUACAACCUUUUAGCUGUGGCAACAGACAAGAAUGAUACCUCAUUACAGGGUGAUGCUUAUGUGUAUGUUAGCGUGGCACCUGUCAACGAAUUCCCUCCAGAGUUUGAUCCCAAAACAUACUUCUUCAGUGUCUCUGAGCUACUCGGAAGGGGCACAGUAAUUGGGUCUGUGGUAGCCACAGACGCUGAUCUUCCAGCCACAGAGAUCCAGUACUCACUGGUGUCCGGCGGGGGCAGCGGAGGUCUGGCCAACAUCUUCCAUCUAGACCCCAAAUGGGGCCGCAUCAGCCUGCUCACCAACCCGGACUACGAGGUGACCCCCACCCACACACUGGUUGUCCGGGCGACGGACGGGGACCCUCUCACGCCUCUCAUCACCACGGCUGUGGUCACUAUUAACAUCACCGAGGCCAAUGAUGAGCCCCCGGUGUGUGGUCCUAACAAGACCAACCUGGUGGUGCCCGUUGACACCAGGCCCGGAACCUUUAUCCAGGGCUUCACGUUGACGUGCACCGACAAGGACUCCCCUCCCAACUCCUUCCUGUAUACCAUCUCAGGGGCCACAAACGUCAACAACCACUUUGGCUUUUCUCCGAGCGCGGGGACCAACAUCACCAGGUUGAUCCUGAGGGAGCCGUUUGACUUCAGCGGUGGCGUGGACAAGCUGUGGCGCUACAGUCUGGCCGUGCUCAUCUCUGAUGGCAACGUGCGUGCGGGUCGCGACCCCGUGACUGGCACCGUCAUCAUCAACGUCCAGGUGGUGGACCCCGACCUCACCACCAUUGUCACCACGACAACACCUCGCAUCACAUACAUCCCGGUCACCCAGAAUACGUAUGAUGUGGAUGACUGGUACGUGUGGUUCGUCGUGGCGCUGGGUGCCCUGCUGCUGCUCGGCAUCCUGGGAUACCUGCUGUACAGGUGUCUACAGUACCUCUCCACCAAAGACUGCAGCUGCAAUUGCGACUGCUGUGAGCCUGAACCCAUCGACGACAUGGACUCCCUCAUUUCAAAAGCUUCAGGCGUCAUGGUCAAUGAGGUGACCAAGAUCAACACCUUAUUUGAUGGGGAGGAAAUAGAUCCAGUCACCAAGAGGGUGUACGAGUAUAACACCAAGUCCGGUGCCCGACGCUGGAAGGAUGCUGUGGCAGUAUCCGGCCUGCCAUCCACGCAGCCAGACAGCAGCACCCUGGUCAUCCCCCCCAGAGGCAGCAGCCCUCCUGACCAGCCCCGGCCACAGUCACCCAGCACUGCCCAGUCCCAGGCCUCCUCCAGUGGGACGCGGCGUGUGGGCUCUGCCCAAUCUGGCCUGCUGGACGCUGCAGAUGGCAGGGGGUCAGAGGGUUGGACUGAGCACCAGGGCCUCCCGCUGCCGGAGAGGUCAAAGGGCAAACUUAAGCCUGCUGGCGUGCCCAUAAAGGCUCAGGGCACAUCACAAGUGUAG